AGAAAAAAAACAAAAACACGGACAGCAACAGUAUUUGCGUCUUCAAUCUCAAAUAUACAGCCAGCGGCAGCAAAGCUUAUAAAAAAAAAACUAAAAAAAAAAAAUCACGUGUACACAUGCUUGAAGUGUUGUUACUGUGCGUGUAAUUGAGUGUGUGGGUGCUAACAGCUGCCCCGUGCGUCGCAGGUUGCUGCAAAAUGUUUACGUUUUCGUGUUCCUGCAGAAAGACCAUUUCCAGCUACUUUAUAUUUGUACGUUUCUCUGAGAUUUUAAAAUACUCAACACUCGGCCACUGAACCAUGCAGGCUUCAAUUAUUCAAAUUUCAUGACACUAAAUUCAAUUAAAUUACCCCGAGUAUUUACAAGUAAGUUUUAUUACUUCAGCGUACCUAGCAACAAUACAGACCUAUAGUACUUACCGAGUAAAGAGAAAAAAAAUCUAAAAAAAGUUUAAAGAAGAAAUAACAGACAUAAAUAUAUUUAAAUAAAAAUAAAAAUAAAAAUGGGUGGUUAUGUGAGUAAAAUAGCAUCAAUGUCAAACUUUGCUGUUAAUACUGUUUAUCGUGGACGAAAGCGAAAAUGCAUUGAGGAAGAUGACUGUGACUCAGACUCGGAAUUUAUUGAUAGAACUCUUCAAACUCCUAAAAAAAGAAAGUUGCUAACAACUGCACAGUAUAUUUACAAGACAUUAUUUCAAGAAGAAAAAGGAAGUGACAUAACUGUUUACAUGCUAGGAAGACCAUGGCGAUUGCACAAAGUUUAUAUAAGCCAGAGUCCUUAUUUUGCGAGUAUGUUCUCAGGAUCCUGGAAAGAAACAAAUCAAAAAUUUGUCCCAGUUGAAAUCACAGACCCAAAUAUUUCUUUAGACUCAUUGUCGAUAGUACUAGGGUCGUUUUACCAAGACGAAGUGAGUAUUGAGCCUAAAAAUGUUAUCUCAAUACUCGCGACAUCGACACUAUUUCAGCUUCAAGGCUUGAUAGAUCAAUGCACGGAGAUAAUGAUAGAAACAACAAAUAUCAAAACAGUUGUACCUUACUACAACGCGGCGGUGUCUUAUGGAGUGCCUACUGUUAAAGUGGCCGCGAAACGCUGGUUAGAAGUUAACUUACUGGGUUAUGGGUCAAGGUAUCCGUCGUUUUUGAAGGAAAUAACGCCCGAAUUGAUGGUGGAACUGAUUAAGAGCUCGGAACUUGUCGCUAUACAGACUGAAUUUUGUAUAUAUAUGAUGUUACGUGUAUGGCUGUUUAUUCAUAUGCAAAAUAAAGAAGACACCGAAGUGGACGAGUACUUUAAAAAACACACGUGGACAAAGGCACUAUUUGAAACCGCGGAGGGAAAAGAAUUCGCCGAGCCAUUCAGAGCUCUUAGAAUGAAAUACCUAUUGCUGCACGAUCAAGAUGUUAAAAUAUUGAACAGCGAUAAUUUGAUACCGGCUGAAUGGCUCCAUGAUGCUUACAAGGAGCAGUGGCUGCAUCUGCUGCGUAUUGACGCAGACAAAGACGCUGACUGUGGAUUACUCGACAACGUCCUCAGUAUUUCGGCCCUGUAUCCGUUUCAAGCGAUUGUCUUUCGGCCGAAGCAGAUGAACGAAGAAGAGUUUGCCCAAGAGUGCUUCAGGUGUGGCAGGUGCAUAGAAAAGCCUGGGGAACAUAUUUGGAGGUGGACGGCCUUUCAAUUUGGGCUUGAUUUAGUCGUUUAUCUUGAUACCUCCACGCUGGGGAUCAGACGGAAUAAUCGAACGGAUGCUAAUCAUAUUAGUGCCAAUCAUAGUAAACGAAAUAUUAUUAUUAGGGUAUGUUUAUUUUCAUUAAAUGAACAGAGACAAAUAAAACACUAUCAAAAUUCAGGAGUAUUAAGACUAACGCUACACAAAAAUGAAGAGAAACAAGUGAUGUCGUUAGAUAAACAAUUGACUUAUCCAUUGUAUAUAUCAGUGAACAUGCAAGUGGUUACGCCUUUUACAAAAUCAGAAGAAGAAGAAAAACCGAGUGGUAUUGCCUCGCUCAAAACAACGUAGUUUAAAACUAAUCAAAAUUAACGAGAAUAAUUUUAGCGUACUUUCAAUCUAGUCUCAACAGUCUCAAAAUGGACAGCUAAUUAAAUUAAAAGUUUCAAGAGUAAAACUUAAUUUGUAACCGAAGGCAAGAAAGAGAAUCAAUUAUUAAAAUUAUUUAUUUAUAUUA